UCUGGAGUACCUGUGGUGGAUAAGAGUCUGGGAAACAAUUCUGUCCAAAAUGGCUGCCACAAACAUUCUUGUUGUUGACAAUGGUGCAUACACAGCUAAGGUUAGCCAAAGCAAUGCAGAACAAACAAGCAGAACAAUUCCAAAUUCAAUAUUUAAAGCAAAGAGUGAGAGGAGAAGGGCAUUUAUUGGUGAUCAGCUSGAGGAGUGCAAAGACUACUCAGGGCUAUUUUAUGUUUUACCAUUCAGUAAAGGAUAUCUAGUAAACUGGGAUGUUGAAAAGCAAAUAUGGGACCACUUGUUUGGCAAAGAAGGUUUACAGUUGAACUUUAAAGAAACAACUUUAUUGAUAACUGAGCCACAGUUCAACUUACCCUCAAUUAAGGAAGCCAUGGAUGAAAUAUUGUUUGAGGAGUAUAACUUUUAUGCUCUUUCUCGUUCUACUGGACCACAGUUAUCAUCAUAUAAGUGCCACCAAGAAGAAACAGAGAAGCAUUUAGUAUGUCUGAUCAUAGAUGCAGGAUACUCAUUUACACAUAUCGUACCAGUUUUUAAUGGAAAAAUAAUUAAAAAAGCUGUGAGAAGAAUAAAUGUGGGUGGAAAACUUCUGACCAAUCAUCUUAAAGAAAUUAUAUCCUAUAGGCAGCUUCAUGUGCUGGAUGAAACCCAUGUUAUCAACCAGCUGAAAGAAGACACUUGUUUUAUUUCUAACCAGUUUUAUAAAGACAUGGAAAUCUGCAGAUUAAAAGGUGCAGGUAACACAAUAGUAAGAGAUUAUGUACUGCCGGAUUAUAGCCAUAUCAAGAGAGGUUAUGUUAAGCCUGUAAGUGAAAUGUGGGACUCUUCCUCAAAGAAAGAAAACGAGCAGAUUCUGAGAAUGAACAUCGAAAGGUUUUCUGUGCCUGAGGUGUUGUUCCACCCUUCGGAUAUAGGAAUACAAGAAAUGGGAAUAGCUGAAGCCGUUAUCAAUUCUGUUGAAGCUAUACCAAAAGAAAUGCAGCCACACUUUUACAGCAAUAUUUUACUUACCGGUGGAUGUACUUUAUUUCCUGGUUUCAAAGAAAGAAUGUUCAACGAUGUCCGUUCAUUAGCUCCAGUGGACUACGAUGUUGCUGUCUAUCAACCAACCAACCCAGUAACGUACGCGAUGGAAGGAGGCAUCAUGCUAUCCAAAACCGAUACUUUUACCAAGAAAAUGUGUGUCACAAAAGCAGAUUACGAAGAACAUGGUAAACAYUUAUGCAGAGAAAGGUUUGACUCGUGACAAGAUGUAUUUUGCUCGAAACUUUGUAAAGGUUUAUAGUGUAGAUAUUUUCUCUGGUCAGUAUUAUUUAAUAAAAAACUUAAAACAUGAAGA